UUGAAGCUCAUUAUCAGCUUGCAUACGUUGCCAAAUACAUUCACAGCUUUUGAGUUUAGAAGGCAUUAUCUGAGAUACUUUAUUUUGUCUCCAGCUUUCACUCAUGGAUUACAGGCUGAUCCUCUUUGGGUUCACAGGGACCCUGCUCAGUGUUGCCUGUGCCCAAAGCCGUCAGUACUACUUCGUGAACACUUCGCUUACAUGGACAAAUGCUCAGAGCUUCUGCAGAAGUGACUACACUGAUCUGGCCACCAUUGAAAACACAGCUGAUGUUGAUGCUUUUCUCAGAACCAACUUAAACUUUUCAGGCAAGGCUUGGAUUGGUCUCUAUGAUGACACAAUAAACAGCUGGAAAUGGUCCCUAAAUGACAGCAGCUUCUACGGUCCUGGACAAGACACAUUUAGGAACUGGUUUCCUACCCAGCCUGACGAUAAUUCAGGACAACAGCACUGUGUCACAUUUUAUGGUUCUAGUGUCGACUCUUUGGGCAGAUGGGAUGAUGCUGACUGCAUGUCCACAAUGCAGUUUGUGUGCUAUAAUGGUACUGUAGGAGGAUCACCAUCCUAUGUUGUCAGUACUUUUUCUCUAAAUUGGACUGAAGCCCAGAGAUUCUGCAGGGCGAAUUAUGUUGAUCUGGCCAGUAUUCGAAAUCUGACAGAAAAUGAAAUCAUCAGAAGCCUAGUAGGUGCCAGCAAUGUCUGGAUUGGUCUGUACCGGGAAAAGCUGUGGUCUGAUGGCACCCAGUCUCUGUUUCGACACUGGGCCAACGGUCAGCCAAAUGAUUCCUCUGGGGAUCAGUGUGUUGCUGGAUCCUUUACUGACUCCGGAAGAUGGUCGGAUGAAAAUUGCAGCAUGAGUUUGCCAUUCGUCUGUUACAGACCAGUUCCACCCAAUGCAGAAGGUUUUACAGUUUCAGCACAGGAUGAGACCAGUAUCACCCUGCAGUGGAGUAAAGUCAACAACAACACCAGCUUUGUCAUCCAGUUUAAUGGUGGUGAAAUAAAUAUUAUUGCAUCAGUGGCAGCUGGACUGGUAACUCACACAGUUUCAUCUCUCAGUCCUGGAACAAACUACACAUUCACUCUCUUCUCUGUUCUUGACGGCGUCAGAAGCAGUGGAGUCAGCAUUACUGCAGCUACUGCUCCCUCUUGUGCUGACUGUCAGUGUUGUCCCUCCGGCACAGAGUGCAUCACCACCAAUGGAGCUGUUCAAUGUCUCGACCCCUGUGCCAGCUACACUAUACUGAAUGAUACAUGGCGUUCAACAGAUAACACAGACCACAAUUUCUUACAAUGCGACAGGUACAUUGCCUGGAAUGGGUGGUAUCGCUUUUAUUUGGGGCAAAGCAGCGCUCAGAUUCCAGAGAAAUGUGUAGCAGAACGUAGAUGUGGAACCCAUUUUCCUUUGUGGAUAAACGGGGCUCAUCCAGUCCAGUUUAAUGAAAUCGUAACUCGCACUGUGUGUAGUUCCUAUUAUGGUUCCUGCUGCUAUUUUACCCCGCACACCAUCCAGAUCAAACUUUGUUAUGGAUACUAUGUCUACAAACUUCAAAGGCCAUCAACAUGCAUGCUGGCAUAUUGUGCAGAACCUUCAUUCCGAGUUUCAACACAAAAUGAGACCAGCAUCACUCUGCAGUGGAAUAAAGUCAACAACGACACCAGCUUUUUCCUCCAGUUUAAUGGCAGAGAGACAUUCAUCAGUUCACCAGAUGGAGAUGGACCAGUAACUCACACAGUCUCAUCUCUCACUGCUAGAACUAGAUACACAUUCACUCUCUUCUCUGUGUUUGAGAACGUCAGAAGCAGUGGAGUCAGCAUCACUGCAGCUACUGUACCUCCAAAUGCACGUAACGUCAGACUAUCAGAACUAGAUGAGACCAGCAUCACUCUGCAGUGGAAUAAAGUCAACUACGAUGUCAACUUUGUUCUCCAGUUUAACGGCACAGAGACAUUUAUCAAUACACCAUACAGAGAUGGACCAGUAACUCACACAGUCUCAUCUCUCACUGCUAGAACUAGAUACACAUUCACUCUCUUCUCUGUGUUUGAGAACAUCAGAAGCAGUGGAGUCAACAUUACUGCGGUGACUGGACCAAGCUAUAUAGUUGGAAUGGACCUAAAGUUAAGUUCUCAGAGAUAUCUGUCAGAAUCAGAGAUAGAAGAUGUUCUAGCAGAGUUCUAUAAACAAUAUGGUUUGCCACAGUUUUCACUGAAAGUCCGUAAGGUCAAGCCAUAAUGAUGAAGAAAGUCAAGGAUGAAAUCCUGGAGGAUCAACCUGCUACAGAUUCUUUAAAGAACAUCUACAUUUGUCUUUGUUCUAGUAAAUAGAAUAUACACUUAUUCACAACAUGUGUUGAAUUUAAAAAAACUGUCUCUUUGUUAAAUAUAGUUAAAGAAACUUAUAUCAUUCAUGAAUCUAUUUUUGUCUAACCAGUGGUUAGGCUGCUUGACUCGUUGCUGAUCAGAGGUUCAGUUGAAUUUAUUGUGGUUGCUUUAAUGAUUUUCAUAUAAACAUAGGGUGUUACAUUACUAUUAAGCUUAUGAAAGGCCAUAAACUUUGUAUAUUGGAAAAACAUAGUUAAAACUGAAAGAAAUAAUAGUUGAAACUAACUGCCAAAUUUAGAUCCUGAAAGAAAAAACAAUUAUGAUAAAAAGAAAUGAAACCAACUUGUCUUUAAUUUUAAUUAAAGAUUUUAUUAAUUUUUUCAUUUAACUUUUUUAUAUUUAAUUUUUGUUUUUGUUUAAUUUUCAUAUAUUGACCUUAUCUAACAUAACCUUUACAAGAAAGAAUACAACAUGCCGGCUGCUCUGUCAGCUCAAUCUUCCACCUGUUGCAGCCCAUUCAUGUAUCUCUAUACCCCCUCAUGUGUCCUGAAAGUAUUAACAUCCUUUUUAUCACUCCUAGUCUGUCAUCAAAGAAGUAUUUGCAGUAUUCUGGCUGUUAUUCUCCUCCUUGAAGUCUUUAUCACAGGAAGCCAUUAUGGCACCGUGGUUCUAUCGGGCCUGUCUUCCUUCCACUACACAGCACCCCUGUUGGCAACCUUAGGCGAGUGUUUGAAAAUUUCCGUUUACUGUCAAAAUGAGUUGAGAUCUUUCCAUGAAUCUAUGCAACAAUUAUUAAAUCACAGAAAUACAAAUCAGUUAAUGUUCACAUUCUGAAGCUGUAAAGGCUGGGGAGGCCCUUUUGGAGUCAUGUAUUCAUUCUCUUUACUUUUGCAGAAGUGUACUAUUAUGAUAGAGACUAAAGAGCUUAUAUUUGAUGAAAUAAGAAAAUAUUCUUUAGAGUAUCAGAGUAAUGAUUAUACUACAUGAAUAAAGAUGUGAUGAUUUCUUUGACAAUCAUGUGGAACAUAUAUCAAUGAUGGUAUAAUUAAAUUGUGAUCAUAUACCGAUGAUUAUACUGGUGAUUGAUGAAAUAAAAAUGCAAUAAUGUUUGAUCUUCA